AUGGAUAAAAGCAAAGAAAAGGAAGAGCAGAGCAUAAUGGAUAAAUCCAUGAGAUCAGUUUUUGUCGGGAAUAUACCAUAUGAGGCGACUGAGGAAAAAUUAAAGGAUAUAUUUAGUGAAGUCGGUCCAGUACUUUCUUUUAAAUUGGUGUUCGAUAGGGAGACUGGAAAGCCAAAAGGAUAUGGCUUUUGUGAAUACAAAGAUCAAGAGACGGCUCUAAGUGCCAUGAGAAAUUUGAAUGGUUAUGAAAUUGGUGGUAGAUCAUUGAGAGUAGAUAAUGCUUGUACUGAGAAGUCUAGAAUGGAAAUGCAGGCUUUGAUGCAGGGUCCACAGGUAGAGAAUCCAUAUGGUGACCCUUGUGACCCAGAGAAGGCACCUGAGGCAGUGAGCAAGGCUGUGGCGACAUUACCUCCUGAGCAAAUGUUUGAGCUUAUGAAACAGAUGAAACUUUGUAUUCAAAAUAACCCAACAGAAGCAAGAAAUAUGUUGCUUCAAAACCCACAGUUGGCUUAUGCCUUGUUACAAGCACAAGUUAUUAUGAGAAUUGUAGAUCCAGUUACAGCUGUAAGUAUGUUACAUCCAAGUAACCCGCUACCACCACUAAUGCAGCCGGGAGACAAACCGCAAAGUUACAACCCACCACCACAACAAAUGCCAGUACAACAACCGCCACUUCUGAAUACACCUGUGCCACCUCCCAAUCAAUAUAACCCUCGUCCAAAUAUGGGUAUGCCUCCGAUGGGAAUGGACGUGGACCUUCGAAGCUCCCGUGCCUUAGACCAGGACAUGCGAAGUUUGCCACCAGUAAUGCCUGGACCGGUACCGCCGCCUGCGCAAGAGAUGUUCCCUCGGGAUCCUCGUCUAGCAAACAUGCAAAGUUUCAACUCGGACCCGCGAGUGAGAUCCAACGAUCCCAGAACACAGACCAAGAUGCAACAACCACCUCCCCAAAUGCCGCCGGGAAUGCCCAGUGCCGCGCAAGCGAGAACUAUCCAAGGAAUACCUUCUGGGGCCUCUGACCAAGAGAAGGCUGCAUUGAUUAUGCAAGUACUGCAGCUGUCAGAUGAACAAAUCGCUCUACUUCCGCCGGAACAGCGCUCCAGUAUUUUGAUGCUUAAGGAACAGAUUGCGAAGAGUACUCAACGUUAA